CCCGGCGUGGGCUCUCGCAGGCAGCCGGCAGCCCGGGGCAUCAAAGGUUGGGAAGAGCUCUAUUCCUCGCUUUGAUUCUCCCCUUCUCACCCCGCCUUUUUGCUUCUUCUUUCUCUCUCUCUCUUUUUUUUUUUUUUUUUUUUUUUUUCCAAGCCGGAGGAGGGAGAAGAGCGCGGCCACGUCCCACCCCUCCCUUCCUGCAAAUCCCCGCUCGCACUGCAAACAAUCUGUCUUCCCCAUUGCAUCCAAGGGAGAUAGCAACAGCAACAUCAUCACGGCAAGCCGGAUGGGAGAGCAGAGAGGAGGCUGCUGCUGAGGGAGGAAGGCACACAAGCACACACCAGCUCGAUGUUGCCAAAGCGGUAGGAACCUCACGAAAAAUAAGCCAUGCUGCCCCAUGUGUCUGGCGCAUUGUGCUCCAUCCGAGCCUUUUAGGAGGAAGAAGAGAAUUAUCUGCUCCGAUUUUUUUUCCCUGCCAGCGAGAGUGCGACAGACUUGCGAUGGUUGAAUGUCAAUGCCUGUGAGAGAGAGCAACAGUCAGAGCAGGAGGAGGACAGAAGGGGAGGAAAAUGAAGGUGGGGAUGGUGGUGGAGAGAAAGAAGGAGCCUCGUCCAAUGCAUCAAAAGGAGGUCCCUGCAAUUGCUGAUAGAGCCCUGACCGCCUCGCCAUCCACAAUGGUCUGUACAAGCUGCCAAUGCGUUUGAUGACGUUCCUGUUUUGUGAAAGGAGGAAAGGAAACGUGACCAUGUAAGAUCCACGUUUCCCCGGUCAAUUACAUGCGAAGAAUAGAUCCGAUUUCGACGUGGGUUUUUGGUCCAGGAUGGUAACAGCUUAGGGAAUAAUACAGCCGCCUUCCCUCAUCAAUUUCGCUCUGAUUUUUUUUUUCUGUGUGGUCCAGACAGCUGCUGGAAUAGAGAAGGUCAGAAUAUAUAAAUAUAUAUAAAAUAUAUAUAAUAUAUAUAUUAUAUAUAUAAAAAUAUAUUUGUCUCAGUACAUCUGGGAUUAAGCUCAUUGAAUGCUAAUUAUUUCUUUCCGGACUUUUAAUAUUUACAAUGAAAUCUUUUAAAGGCUACGGUAAAAUCUGAAGCCACCUGGGAGUACAGUGUUUAAAACGUAGGGUGUUUUCCCACAAACAAUGUGAAGGUCUUUUUUGUCAAAGAGGCAAUUUUGAUAUUAACAACAGCUACCAAUUUUGCAUUUUGAUAGCCAGACCAGCUGCUAUUUUGUCUGGAUGCACACCGGGAUUCGUGUGAUCGGGUUUUAUUUUUUAAUUGAAAAAAAAAAUCAUUAUAAAAUAGAAGAAAAAGGAAAAUUACUUGAGAUGCCAAAUACUGUCGAGAGAACCAUAUUCUCCCUCCUCCCCACACCCACCGGAGACGUGGACCCUUCUUUUUUACAGGCUUAGGAGUUGCGAGAGCUCAUCGGGGGCUUUCUCCCGAGACCGCCGCCUGCGCCCCUGGACCCUCGGGCGUGGGAGAUUUAUUUCCUCCUCCCGCUGAUUUCUAAGCAAACUUGUGGAGGGGGGGAAAGGAUCCCUCGGCAGCACAGGGUCGGGUUUUUUUCUGGUGUGGAUUUUUUUUUUUUCAAUUGCCGUCCCCGCCGGGUUGCAGCGGGUUGCCGGGGACUUCGCCCCCUCGCCCUCCGGCUCUGCUUUUGUGCGUUCCCCGGCGGCCAGCGCAGCCCCCCCGGCACUGCGGCCGCCGCGGAGCCCCCCCGGCCGCGGGCCGCCCGGCUCCUGCCCUUUUCUUUCCCCCGUGCCCGCCUGCCAAGGAAAGGCACAUGUUAAUACCACCCGGCGCGGGCAUUUUCUGCUACUGCUGCUGCGGGCUCCUCCGUCCGAGACAGAUGUUGCGAAACCAAGGCCUCCUCAAGUGCCGCUGCCGCAUGCUCUUCAAUGACCUGAAGGUCUUCCUGCUGCGGAGACCCCCCGCGCCGCCGCCGCCCUCCCCGCCGCUCCCGCCGCCGCUCACCGGCCCACGAAGUUCUCCAGCACCGAGCUCUUCCCGGCGCUCUGCCCGCCCACCACGGCGAUCUGCGGCAGGUCGAGGUUGCAGCUCUGCCCGAUGGACCGGCCAUCAAUCAGCCGUUCCUUCCCGCCCGUUGGCUCUUCCGGUGUUUGGCGGCCCUGCCGUGCCCGUGGAGCGACGCGCGUUCGCUCACGGGGAACCGGAGUCCCGAAGCGAAGCGCCGGGGCUGGAACGCCCCGGGAACCUCCUGGGUUCUCCCCCUGCAGGGACCGGAACCGGCAGGAAUUGGCUCCGCUCCCUGCCCCGUCCGGGUUUGGAGGGGUCUCCGUGGAUUUUGGGCGAUCCCCGCGGGGUCUUCGGGCGCCUCCGGUUCCCGGUCGCUCCCCCCAAACCCCACAAGGCCCAACAUGGCCCCCGCGUUACCUUGGUAACCGUCACUUCCGGUGAUCAGCCCCGCCCCUUCCGGUCACGCGCUCCAAAGAUGGCGGCGCCCACCGCGGGUCCCCCGGUACCGGUUCUGCGGAUCGUGGCCGAGUGCGGGCGGAGCCGCGCCCGGGCCGGGGAGCUGCGGCUGCCCCACGGCACCGUGCCCUGCCCCGUCUUCAUGCCCGUGGGCACCCGCGGCACCGCCAAGGGCCUGACGGCGGCGCAGCUGGCGGCGCUGGGCUGCCGCAUCUGCCUGGGCAACACCUUCCACCUGGGCACGCGGCCGGUGAGCGGCACCGGGAGCCGAACCGGGGGGUCCCGCGGGGUGCCCGGCGAUGUCGGCGAGCUCUCCGUUCAUCCCCGCAGGGCGCGGAGCUGCCCCGCCGGGGAGCCGCCCGCCUCCCUGCCCAGCAGCACCUCCUCGGAUGACUUCGGCAAGGGCAAGGCCGAGGACCGCUACUCGCUGGGCAGCAGCGUCGACAGCGGCAUCCGCACCCCGCUCUGCAGGAUCUGCUUCCAGGGGCCCGAGCAGGGGGAGUUGCUGAGCCCGUGUCGAUGUGAUGGAUCUGUGAAGUGCACGCACCAGCCAUGUCUGAUCAAAUGGAUUAGCGAGAGAGGCUGCUGGAGCUGUGAGCUGUGUUACUACAAGUAUCACGUCAUUGCCAUAAGCACAAAGAACCCUCUGCAGUGGCAGGCCAUCUCUCUGACGGUCAUUGAGAAGGUUCAGAUAGCAGCGGCCAUCCUGGGUUCCCUCUUCCUCAUCGCCAGUAUCUCGUGGCUCAUCUGGUCGACCUUCAGUCCUUCAGCCAAGUGGCAGCGCCAGGACCUGCUCUUCCAGAUCUGCUAUGGAAUGUACGGCUUCAUGGACAUUGUCUGUAUAGGUCUAAUAAUACACGAAGGGCCCUCGGUUUACCGGAUUUUUAAACGGUGGCAGGCGGUCAAUCAGCAGUGGAAAGUGCUGAACUAUGACAAAACAAAGGACAUGGAGGAGCAAAAAACAGGGACCAGGACAAAUCAGCGCCCCUCCUCCCAAACCACCCACUCAUCCUCCACUGGUGGUACAGCCACUAACUCCGCUCCAGCCGACAGCGGGGCACGGGCUGCCGGCCAUGCCACAGGCACCCUCUCUGACCACCACUGUGCUUAUACCAUCCUGCAUAUACUCAGCCACCUGAGGCCUCACGAACAGAGGAGUCAGUCUAGUAGUAACAGAGAGCUCGUCAUGAGGGUCACGACGGUCUGAGCCGAGGAAUUCAGGAGGCCUUAACACGAAGCGGAGGAGACAAAGAACUCAUAAAGCAGAGGAGCAUGGUGUGCCUUUUUCUUUCUCUUUCCUUUUUUUUUUUUUUCUUUUUUUUUUUUUCCUUCUCUCCUUUUCUUUUUUCAGUAACUGCACAAGAUAUAAGAGGCGGCACCUGGCCAGCUAAGGAAAAAAGCAGGUGGAGGGAGAGCUGCACACUCAUGCUAAAGAGGUUAAUGUUUUCCAGCCUGUUUAAAAAAAAAAAAAAAGAAAAAAAAAAAGAAAAAAAAUAACAACACAAAUCACAAAAAAAACCAACAAAACAAGUGCAAUACAGACUACAAACUGAGUAGGCAGAGUUCUGGGGAAGCAGAGGAACAGACGGUUUAGCAUGUCUUACAAAUUCUGUUACCUGGAAUAGGUAACGCUCUGUGCACAGCCCCCGUACACACACGCACGCGCACACAAACACACACGUAGUGUGAGAUUUAUAGAAACAUGGAAGGGAACGAAAUAUUUGGAGUGUUUUUAUUUUCCAGACUCCAAUUAACCAGGGCUAUGAGUUGUUUUGUUUUAUGAGUCACUGGAGCCUUGUUUGAUUUACCGUGGGGUACCGGAAGUGAAACAGCUGGGGAUUUUUCAAGUAUUGACUUACAGAAGAGAGAUUGAAUCAUCUCACUAAGAAAAUCUUAACAAAAUCCAGGCAUACCCAAAUUUCACCAAGAAGCCUGUUUUUUUCAUAAUGUUCCUGACAAGGGGCUUGUGAGGGUAGGACUGGGAGGGGGGAGGGUGCUCCAUGACCUUUAUUUGACGUAGAGGCAUUUUUGGCAAAUUUUGUACAAACGUUCUGCAGGUGUUUCAAGCACAAGUACUGGUGUGAUUCAUGCCUUCAUAACCCCAAAUCCAACAUCCAGACCUUGCCACCCACACACAUCAUUUUCCAUGCAGACAUUCCAGGUUAAUUUCAUUCCAUUUUACUCUAAUCACAAGAAGCUGACCCAUCUUUGGUGGGUUUCUGCUCCCUUGCUGAUUCAGACACUCAUGUAUUAGAGAUGUACUUUUUUUUUUUUUGGUGUCUGUAUCUCUGCUGCUCAAUUUGCAACAGUCUCACUCAGUCUUGUAGGCUGAUCCUUUCACAUCCAGUCUGUUAGUUUAUUACAGAGUCUAUUCCAUUCAAUCAUCCAAAAGAGAGUUAGUCUGAAGAGGGAGCACAGUUGCUGACUGACUGUGCAGCACUUCUAAUAAGUCUCCUUCUCUGGGAUAUAUCCUCGAAGGUAUCGGUUGCUCUUCAGGAACAUUCUCUUUCAAUGCACAAUGGCUGAAUCAUUUGUGGAUAUUAAAGGGACACUGUCAAGUACUUUUUAAAUAGUUUUUAGGGUUUGGGCUUUUUUUACUCGCCAUUGUUUGUAAUAUUCUCUUACAAGCUUGAAAAUAAAAUUUCUUUCCCUACCGUUUUUGUCCUUUUCCAUUUGGGCAUGUAUGGUUCUCUCCACUCACCCCAUUCCUUUCACCAUCCCUGUCCUUCUCCUCCCCACCUUUCUUCUGCAACAGGAGGAAAUCUGUAUUUCUGAUUUCCUGCUGACUGUCCUCAUUCUAUGGAGGGUAUGUCCCAACUCUGCGGGGUUGAGUUAUUUUGCAGCUGUCACAGAGGAAGCAUAAGAGCAGGAACCCUAGAAAUACGGAGAUUAGCUAAUUGAGGAGCAAAAGCUCAGCUGUCACAAAACAAUGACCCUAUAGUGAUCAAGCCUGAACCCGGCUCCCUCCAAAAUCAAGAUGAUGUCUUCAGCUAAACUGCAUCCAUUUAGCAGCACUGCCAAGCAACGUUGCAUGAUGGCUGAAUGCAGCUGCCCUCCAUCAUCAUACCAGCACCUCUCACACCUUCUGUGGAGACAAGGCAAACGUGGGCUACCAGCUCCUUUGGCAGCCAGGCUGUCACAGGUCUGGUGUUUCUGGACUGGAGAAGGUGUCAAACUUCAGCCUCUGUGUUUGAGCACAGCAGCCAUUCUGCAACACUGAAGAUGGAGGUCAGCAGCUUAAGGCAAGAUCGUAUUUUUCACCUUGAUUACUUGACAGUGUCCCUUUAAAUAUCAGAAUGCAACAGAACAGGUACUUACUUCUCUGGUAGAGAAUGUGGGAGGUGGAACACUGUCUGAGAAAGCCAGCUUACUGAGGACCAGUGUGAAACAGCAUGGUUUCUGAGGCCACUGUACCUUUGUCUGACCAGACUUACUAUCUACCAAAGAGUGCUUUUGGCAGAAGGGAGAAAAGAGAUGGUGGUGGGCAGAGGGAGAGGGAAGGGGCAGUUCCAAUCAUUUCUGAAAGUAGCUAUCCCCCAGAAGGAAGGUGUUGAAAUGAAUGAUGUCUGGAAUAACUGCUUCAGUAGACAGAAACCUGGCCAAAGCAAGCAAACACAGCAGCCUCUCACCCCUAUGCCUGUUCUGGAAGUUGUCCUCAUUCCAAGAGAUGGGUAAUUAUAGUGGUUUUGGGAAGGGGGAACCAUACACAGACGAAGGGACAGUUGUCACCCAUGAUGUCGUUUCCCUCCCUGCCCUCCACUCAUUUAAUAUGGAGAAGUCAAAUUCCUUUAAUUUGGCUAACAGAUAAAAAUGUAUGAGGUCAGAAGCACAACUUGCUGUGAAAGAGUGGUGUACUCUGAGCACACAGGACUCUGCAUACUCUCACUCCAGCUCUGCCACUGACUCUGUAGCCUUGGGCUGUUUGGCUCAGUCCCCCCUCCACGCAAAGGGGGAAUAACAAUACGUACCUACCUCACAGGGGUGUUGUGAGAAUCCACGUUGGUAAAGCCUGUUGAAGUGCUAAGUCUACCACCGGUAGUCACGAGGUGUGUGGUGGGGGUGAGCAGCGCUGCCCUUUUGCUGGUUACAGUCUGAAUCACAGCGGGAGUCCCAUUGGCCUUCUCCUGCUUGGAGACCCUCCUUGAUCUGAAGCGGAGGCUGUCGUCCGAGUGCCCUCUCCUCCAUUGCAUGACAUUUUAAGCGGCUGUGAGGUGCAGGGUAGCGACAGACAUGAAGUCCUACUUGACCAGGGAUUUGCUACAACGUUUUCUAUAUCUGUGGGGUUUGUUGGUUUGUUUUUUCCAUAUAUUGUGCUUAGAAAUAAACUUUCCACUUAGGGCUGGCGGUUUGGGGUCUAUUCUGUUGCAUGGCAAUGUAUACAAGUCUUAUUGUCUGUCUUACUGUGCAAAUGAUCCCGCAGCCCAGUUUCAGAGAUGGGCAUGGUCUGAGCCUUUUCACAGCGGCAUAAGACUCAAAAGCCUGUCUAGACUGUUUAAUAUUUAAACAACACUAUGAACUUGUCAAUUGUAUGUGUUCUGUGCAAUACGAAGCAUGUCAUUAGCUGGCUUGAUGGGCAGAGGGGCUAAAGGAAGGUCAAAACUUGUUCAAAGAGCUUCAUACAUGUGCCAGCAUGGAGCCGAAGGGCUGCCACCAGCAAAGCAAACUCGGGGGAAGCCAUUGGAAACUGUUUUCAGAACAGUUUACUCCAGGACAAGGUACUUCUGAGUUUAUGAACUUCUAGGCUGCCAGCCUGAGAGAACAAGUGCAAAUUUAGUGUGGGGGUUGGGGUUUUGAAUUCCCUUUUUCUUUCCUCCUCAAAGUUUUGAUGGCAGAAAUACUGAUGAGGAUCUCUUCCCUCUUUAGCACAGUUCUCUCAUCUCCCACAAUUUCCUUGUGCUGUCCCCUUUGUACUACUAUGCAGGACUUUCAAAGGUGCAAAUGGAGACAGUACGUUCCUGAGACAUGAAAAAUAAGUUGUGUAUUGGGUGAUUCUAGCAGAUAGACAAGGUGGGACAGAGCUAUGCUACAGAGGCAUCUCUUCUUCCCCAUGUCUUUCUUCUAGUCUUGUGUGCUGGGUCCCUGAAGAGACGUUCCCUGUACUUUAUUACAAAGCUGUCAGAUCACCUUCCACUGACAAACAAAGCUUGCAGAAAUUUGGCAGCUGUUUCUCCCAAUGGAGAAAAUUCUGGGUCCUAUCACUGUGGAGACCCCUCAGUUCUUGGGCUUUGUGGUCCUCCAGCAUUGUUUGGAGGAGUGGUCAGUGUGAAGGACUGUGUUCAGCCAUCAUCAGAAACUGUGUGUGUAUGGUCCUGCUCAAUCUUGUGAUUUCUGCCAGUCCCCUGAUUUUGCCAGCUUUGACAGGUCUUUUCUAUCAAAUGCUUUUCUGGUUAUGCUCUUCAGAGGUGUUUUGCUCUGUGUCAGUUGCCAAUGCUGUUAUUGCCUACUGAAACAUCAGUGCUGGCCUCCAGCUUCCACAGCUCUUCCAUUCUUGCCAUACUGUCUCUUGGUAAACACUACUGCCAAGUUCAAACCCUCUUCCUCUGUGCCUGCAAGGGGUCAAGCACAUGCACUAACCCAAGGGUCACCAAAGAACACAGGGACCCUUCAGAGCCUGUAUCAGUAAGUCGAACUCUGUAACCAUCAGUCUUUGAUAUAUAUUUACUUUGCCAGUCUGUGUCUGCUGUUAAUUGGUUGCUACAAACAAACCACUAAUGCUGGCAAAACCCAUAUACCCAGCUAAGACUUGAUUUCCAGUUCAAAAUGUAGGAAAUUAUUGGCUGGUUUUCAGACAAAUCUGGUGUGUUCCCUGUUGUGGUUUCCCAAGGAAGGUGGUGAAGAGGUUCUUGUUUGACCUUGCUAUGAUGGGAUGGACAACACAUGGAAAGAGGAAGUCAGCAGUUUAUAUUUGAGUCAAGAGAAGUGUCAGCUGUCCUGUUUUCACUCAGGGGGACAGGAAAAUACUACUUAUGCUUACCAGAUCCCUGGCCCUUCUCAAAGCCCUUGAUCUGGCAGCAGUAAAACACUAGAGCCAAUGGCUGUAGCUGGAGGACCAUUCUGAAGACUUUCUGGUUCUGAAGACCAUCCUUUCUCCACAUGUAGUGGUCAGUCAUUCAAGCAUCCUCUCUUCAUUUUCCUCAAGAGAAAGAUGCUUUUGACUAAGCAAAACACUAAUGCUCUUCAGUGUAGGAUGAUUCGCACCAGUAGCACUUGUAACCUGUGGUAUAUCCACCAGGAUUCCUGCCCAUCUCCUUGUGAGAAUGCAUGGUCAGAAGAGCUGCUCCUUCCUCUUACUCUUUUAUGUUGGUCAAGCACUCAGAGGAAAACAGCCAGCAGUGCAACUGCCUUAGUGACUACUGUCUGAGUAUCCUGAUCUCCCCUCCACUGUCACUUCCCCUGUGAUUGCUCCUUCUCAUUCCUGAGGCAACAGACGUCUCAUUCCCUUUGCCAUCUCUAGACUGGCCCUGAAGAUCUCAUGAGCAGACACAGAAUUCCUCCCAGACUAUUUUUUAAGUCUCCUGCAUCCUUCAUGUUCCCAGACAGGCAAAUUCAUUCCAUUGAUAAACAAUGACAUUCAAAUCCUGAGAGGACAAGCAAGUGUAGGAGCCUAUUGCAUUGACCUUCACCACUUCUUGCAUGCUGAAGGAAAUAUGGUGAAAACACCAAUUGGUUUCUUCCAUUUGGCAGCAAUGGACCAGUGGCUCUAGGAAUAUUUCCCUCAAUAAUGCAAGUCUGACAUGCAGCAGUUACUGCAGGCAGUCUUUGAUCUCACAUCUAUCAUGUCGGAUAAAAGAAGAGCAGAAUCUGACAGGUCUGUGCUGUUUACAAAAACAUCAAAAACUACCUUAGUUCAUUAUUCAAAUUACCUCCAGGUCAGUGGGUGAAUUUCUCCUUUGAUGAAAGAAUGAAGUUUUCUCUUUCAGAACUGGAAUUGCAAGACUAUAUAUAUAUAUGUGUGUAAAUACAUACAUAUAUACUUAUGUUAUCAUGAAAACAAAAAGAAGAGAGAAAAAACCCUAAAUAAACCUAAAAUAAUAUUUGAUUUUUGAAUAAGCCUUGACAGGAGCUAGGGAGUUGCUGUGUGGAAAAUGCAACACAGGGUUCGACUUCAGGCAAAUAGAAGACAGAAGAGGGAAAUACUUUUAUGGUUCUCUUGGCCUGUCUUUGGUUCAUGCUCAUUAUUGUAUAGCACUUAAUUAAGACAGAAAUAUGUGGAAAACAGACUCUCAGCUCCAGCAGCAGGAAACAGACUGAAGACACCUCAUACUUAUCUGAGCCAUACUCAAACAAGCACAACGAUGCAAAAGCACAAAUAGCUGCCAUCACAACUGCUUGAAAAGAGAUGGAUUUCUAAAUGGGACACGAACUCAGACAGAAAUUCUUUCCCAAGCCACAUUGUCAGUAUUUUUCCCAUAUUUCUUAUUUCAAAAAGGAAAAAAAAAAAAAAGAGAAAAUUAAAAAGGAGGGUUCUGCUAUCCAAAUCUUAAAGAAGUAAGUAGCAGUAGAGAAGAUGCUCCUUUAUAUGUUAUGUUAUGCAUCAAGAUGUGCUUUGCCAAACAGAAUUAGGGCAUCACAUUCAGUUCCCUGAUCACUCAAAGAAAGUCUCAGUGACCAAGUCUGCUCAAGGAGAAUUCCUAGAGUGUAGACUUCUCCAGAGGACCAGAGCUUCCAUCUGGAUGGGAUAGCUGGCAACAGGCUGUUUGCAUCCAGCUGCACUCUUCUGUGGCAGGAUCACCACCUGUUGUUAGCAAGUCACUGUUGGGCAGCUUUGAUCAGCUGAUACAGGUUAUGAUAUUAAUAAUCACAGAAAUUGCACGUGCCCAUCAUGCUCCUGCAAGUGACUUGUCUCAUUCUUUCACAGCUCAAGCUGGUGAGAGCUACUCUGGUCUUUGGUCUUCAUCACAGGAGAGCUUUCCUUUAAAAUCCAGCCUGCCACACUUCUCUGGGAGUUUUUCUACUACACUUUAUAGAGGUUCUUCUUCCUGUAAGGAUGAACAGACUUCUAACUAACCCACAUGAUCUUAUUUUCUAGCUAGAGAGACAAAAAUUCAUGUUCUCUGACAGCUGAUCUCAGUACCUAUGUUCUUAUGAGAUUAUAUUCCCCCUCCCCUUUCACUCAGUACUCCAUAAUCUUCCAUAAUCCUUUUGAAAGGGGUGAUUCAUUGCUACCAAAUGGAAGAACAUUUCUCUGAGAUGGGAGUCUGGACAGCCCUUCUACUCCUUGCUAACAGGCACACAAACCUUCCUCCUAUCCCUCUAGACUGAUGUGGCCAGCAGAACCUUACUUCAUGGAGUUUCGCUUCUUGAUCCAGAAGAACAACCGCUUUCAAGCAUCUCCUUCGCUGUGGGAUAAUGGCAUGGGGAACCUUUUGUUUCUUAGCCUCAGGGUAACUACAGUGGAUGAUGUACCUGAGCCAAAAACACAGCAAGGACAAAACACUUGUAUUUUAGAUGGUGGUAAACCUGGGUGAGGCUUGUUCUGAUGACAGGAGAACAAGAAUCUUUGUCAGCUUUAUAUGGUAGCAAAUCAAAAUUGCCUUGUUCCCUAGUGUUUUUAGCUCAUUUACAUCAGCUGUCCAUUAUAAACAAACCCUUUUGUAGGCAAUGCAGGCCAGGCCUGGGGAGGAAACCUUCCUCAUUCCAGAAGCACAACCAGCCCGUAGCUAUGCAUCAAUCCCUUCAGGACUUUUGCCCCUGAGAGGCUGAGUGCAAGAAUGGAGGUAGCUAGCAGGGAUGGCAAGAACACUUCCCUGGAUCUUCAUCCCCAGGGGGUAAAUUUUGCAUCUCUACAUGUGAAUCCCUUUUGAAAUCACUCCCAAGGCCUCCUUCACUACUACAAGGUCUGCCCAGGAGAGGAAGCAGUGUCUCUGCAUGGAUACCCCAGGUCCGUUGCUGGGAUCCUCAUUCAGGCCUCCAGGAAAUCCCUAUGUUCACUGAGGUUUAAGAUGAGUCAAUGGUGUGUCCAUGCAGAAAUACUCUCUUUGAGACUACUACAGAGAUGUCUGUGGGGUUGGGAGGGAGGGGGUGGUUUUGUCCAGGCAGGAAGCACGGGGAAGGGAAGGCUGCAAUGUAAGGAAAAAUCAGCCACAAGGGAGGGGCUGACUAAGAGGAAUGACCAUGUCGACUGUGUUACUGUCCCGUCAUUCUCCUGAACCCAGAAUGGAAACUUCCAAGUGCUCUUCAUGAGCUUAUGUUUAUUAGAAAACUAUUCCUGGGUGUUCAAGAUUGUUUUCUAAUGAAAAUAUACAUAAUAAAAAAAGAAAAUUAAUGACUCUUGGUAAUCUUUUCCUUUCCUCUCUUCACUUCUAACACAUUGUAAAAUUCAUGUCCUUUCUCAUUUGUUUGCUAUAAUAAAAACUCUUUCUUUCUGGU